AUGCGAUUACCCAGCCGAGGCUCCGGCUCUGUCACCCCGCGGGAAGCCGCCGCCAACCGUUCCACCACCCAGUCCGCUUCCGAUGGCGACGAGACCGCCUUUGUCGUCAGCGCCGCGCUACUCAUCCCCGGUCGCGGGGAGCCACUCCUCCACGGCUCCAUCGCCGUCCAGUCCGGCGUCAUUGCAUGGGUCGGCCCCACGGGCGACCUACCGGCGACCUACCGCCAAUCGCCGCAUACCCGUGUCCCCGUGCUGCUCCCCGGCCUCUGGGACUGCCACGUGCACUUCUUCGGCAUCAGCAGCCUCAACAAUCUCGAGGCCGCCUUUGGCAUCCCGACCGGCCAGGCAGCGCUCGCCGGCGCCUUGACGGCGCACGACCUCGUGGCGACGCUGCUGGCGGGCUACACGACGGUGCGCGAGCUCGGCGGGUACGGCGGCGACAUCUGGCCGGCCGUGCAGUCGGGCGCCAUCCCGGGCCCCAACAUCUACUCCUCCGUCGCGGCCAUCUCCAUCACCGGCGGCCACGGGGACGUGCAGACGUCGCCGUCGUACGUGGUGCGCGCGGCCAUGUGCUGCGGCCCCGCGCCGCUCGCCGUCUGCGACGGCCCGGACAACUGCGUGCAGACGGUGCGGCAGAUGGUGCGCCGCGGCGCGCGCGUCAUCAAGGUGUGCUCCUCGGGCGGCGUGCUCAGCCUGCACGACGACCCCGAGGACCGCCAGUUCUCCGACGCCGAGCUGGCGGCCAUGGUGCAGGAGGCGGCGCGCAGCCGCCGCGCCGUGGCCGCCCACGCCAUCGGCAAGGCCGGCAUCAUGGCCGCCCUGCGCGCCGGCGUCAAGUCCAUCGAGCACGGCAUGUACCUCGACGACGAGGUCGCGGACGCCAUGCUCGCGCAGGACGCCAUCCUCGUCGGCACCCAGCACAUUGUGCGCACCUUGACGACCCCCGAGUACCUCGACGCCCUGCCGGCGCCGUCCCGCGCCAAGGUGCUCCAGGUCGGCGCCGAGGCCAACAAGUCGUACGCGCUGGCCGUCAAGAGGGGCGUCAAGAUGGCGCUCGGCACCGACAUACUGAGCAGCGAUCGCGCAUCGGCCCUGUCGCACGGGAACAACGCGCGCGAGCUGGCGUACGCCGUCGAGCUGGGCAUGACGCCGCUGCAGGCGAUUGAGAGCGCGACGGCGAUCCCGCCCGAGACGCUGGGCGGCAUGGCGCCCAAGAGCGGGCAGCUCCGGGCUGGGUAUGACGCGGAUUUUAUCGCCGUGGCCUGUGAUCCGCUGCGGGAUAUCAAGGUGCUUUCGGACCCGGAGAACGUGACUCAUGUGUGGAAAGGCGGCAAGCUGUUCAAAAAGCCGGGCGUGCAUGGCAUUUACCCUGGUUGA